AUAGAGGAGUUAAUUUGAAAUUGAGUUGAAAAAAAUUUCAUUUCAAUUGAUUAUCGUCAAGUUUAAUGAAUUAUUUAUUACCAGCUUCACAUGUUUACAAGGAUUAAAAAAUAUUCUCUUGGACAUUCUGAUUUAAUGUUAAUCGAGAAUUUAUUCAAAAAUUUGACGUUUAGUCGCAAUUAAUUAAAGCUAAUAUCUCUUAAACAUACUAAGAGGAGAUAAUCGACAAAAAUUAAUGUCUGACUUUAAAAAUUUUCUGAACGAGUUACCUGAUGACUCCGAGAUAUACGAAAGCUCAAAGAAAAUCAUAGUUGGAAUAUGUGCUAUGAACAAAAAAUCAAGUUCAGCAGCUAUGAAGGAAAUAGUUGAAAGAUUGGAGCUGUUUGAUGAGUUGGAUGUUAUCAUUUUUGAAGAGGAAAUUAUUCUUGAUCAACCAAUUGAAGAUUGGCCCAUUGUCAAUUGUUUAAUUAGUUUUCAUUCCAAAGGCUUCCCAUUGGAUAAAGCUAUCAACUAUAUCGAACUGAGGAAACCUUUUGUCAUUAACGAUUUAUACAUGCAAAACAAAAUUCAAGACAGGAGAGAUGUUUAUAAGGAACUAGCUUUGGUAAACGUCAAUCAGCCCAGAUUUGCCUAUUUGAAUAGAGAUGGUCGAAACGAAGGUAACGAUCAAAAAACUGAUUCACUUGUCGAAGAGGAUGAUCAUGUAUGGAUAAACGGCAUUCUCUUCACAAAACCAUUCGUAGAAAAGCCCGUUUCUGCAGAGGACCAUAACGUCUAUAUUUACUAUCCAAGUUCCGCUGGGGGUGGAAGUCAACGACUGUUCCGAAAAAUUGGCAGUCGAAGUAGUGUUUAUUCCCCUGUUUCAAAAGUUCGUAAAACCGGCUCAUACAUUUAUGAAGACUUUAUGCCUACUGAUGGAACAGACGUUAAAGUCUAUACAGUUGGUCCAGAAUACGCUCAUGCAGAAGCUAGAAAAUCUCCUGCUUUAGAUGGUAAAGUCGAAAGAGACAAGGAUGGAAAAGAAAUCAGAUAUCCUGUACUAUUAUCAGCUCAGGAAAAAUUAAUGGCUAGGAAGAUUGUCGAGGCGUUUAGACAGAACAUUUGCGGAUUUGAUCUACUUAGAGCCAAUGGAAAGUCAUACGUUUGCGACGUUAAUGGUUUCAGUUUCGUAAAAAACUCUUCGAAAUAUUACGAUGACUGCGCGAAAAUUUUGGGAGACAUGAUACUCAGGGAAUUCGCACCUUCGCUUCCACAUAUCUCCCUAUUUGAUUUUCAUUCCGAAGACAUUCCCAUUGUGCCUACUACCUCAGGCACAAGAAUGGAGCUUCGUUGCGUAACAGCCGUUAUGAGACACGGUGACAGAACGCCAAAACAAAAGAUGAAAAUGGUUGUUAAACACAAGAAAUUUCUUGAUCUAUUUGAGCGAUACGGAGGCCAUAAGACAGGGCAAUUGAAGUUAAAGAAACCUCAACAGUUGCAGGAGAUUUUAGAUAUCACAAGAUAUCUUGUAACCGAACUCCACAGCGAGGAGGGUUGCGAGUCCAUUGAAGAGAAAAAGAAUAAACUGGAACAAUUGAAAUCUGUGCUAGAAAUGUAUGGACAUUUUUCGGGAAUAAAUAGAAAAGUCCAAUUGAAAUAUCAUCGUAGAGGUUUCGAUAGAAGUCUUAGCGAAAUAGAUGAUGAUUCUAAAGAUCCGAAUAGCGAACCUAGUUUAAUAUUAAUACUCAAGUGGGGUGGGGAACUAACUGAGGCAGGCAUCAAACAAGCCGAAGAACUAGGUAAAGCUUUCCGAUGUAUGUAUCCUGGGGGGAAAGGAGACUACGGAGGAGUUCCUGGCCUUGGAUUGCUUCGUUUGCAUUCUACAUUCCGACAUGACUUGAAAAUAUACGCCUCGGAAGAAGGACGAGUACAAAUGACAGCUGCAGCUUUCGCAAAAGGUCUGCUUGCUCUAGAAGGUGAAUUAACUCCAAUCCUAGUACAAAUGGUUAAAAGUGCAAAUAUGAAUGGAUUAUUGGAUAACGACAACGAAUCAGAUAAAUUUCAAAACAGAAUUAAAGCAAAAUUACAAUACAUAUUAAAUAAGAAUGAAAAUUUUACUAAGGAAGACUACGAAAGUCUGGGAGCUACAAGCAGUAUCUCAUUAACAAACGCCAUGUAUUUUAUUAAAAAUCCUUUUAAAACUUGCGAAAAAAUUUAUAAUUGUGCAAUAAAACUACUAGAGCUGGUUAAAAAGCUGGCUAACGAAAGUCAAUUAUGCGAUUUGAAAGACACAGACGACAUUUCAAUAGAUGAUGAAAACGUUACAGACCACUAUAAGCUCUACAAAAACGAAUCAUGGGAAUUGAUGGUUCGAAGAUGGGCAAAAUUGGUAAAAGACUUUCGGAUGAAAGAUAAUAAAUGGGAUAUAUCAAAGAUACCGGAUAUCUACGAUUGUAUUAAAUACGAUUUACAGCAUAAUCAUAAAUAUUUUGAACCAGAAAGUGAAACGGCUGAUCAAUUGUACGCCUCCGCCAAAGCUCUUGCUGAUAUUAUAAUUCCUCAGGAAUAUGGUAUAACUAAAGAAGAAAAAUUGCAGAUUGGUCAGUGUAUCUGCACCCCGCUAAUGAAAAAGAUUCAGGCAGACUUACAUCGAAAUAUUGACGAAGGAGCAACUAGACUUGAUUCCAGAUACUCGACAGGCGUUUCUACUCCCCAUCGUCAUGUUCGAACAAGGCUAUAUUUUACUAGUGAGUCCCAUAUACAUUCCUUGUUAAACAUUAUAAGAUUAGGUGGAUUAUGUAAAAAUAAAAAUGACGAGCAAUGGCAACGAUCAAUGAACUUUAUCAGUGAAAUAUCAGAAUUAAAUUACAUGACUCAAAUUAUUAUCAUGGUUUAUGAGGAUCGCACUAAAGAACUUCAAUCUGAAGGGAGAUUCCACGUGGAACUACAUUUCAGUCCAGGAGCCUAUCAUAACGUUAGAGAUCAAAGGUAUCCAACAGGCUUGGGCUAUAGACCAGCUGGCUGUCAAAAAAAUUUGGCAAAGAGCGAAGAAAUUUCGUCAUCUGAAUCGAACUUGGUUCAAAAGAAAAGAAAUCGAAUUAGGCAGACGUCAUUACCGACAGUUAUCCAUGAAAAGAAUAAAUUUGAUUCGUACUCAGAGAGGGUAGAAAAAUUCCGUGAUACUCUUUUUCCAUUACCAGACUUUGACACAGUUAAACAAGGAUUAAUUAGUACAAGCGUCAUAUCCGGUUCACUUUCCGCUCCAUCUUUAUCGAAAAUUGAAAGUGGAGUGAUUAUGAAUAUAACAUCCGGCAACUGUUGGGCGGUACCAUCCAUCCGUCCUUUGGAAACUAUGCAUAAUUCUCUGACUUUAAAGAGGAUGGAGAAUUUCUUAACAAAAAUAAUUGAUAGUCGUUAUACAAACGAUAGACCAAAGUCAGAACUUGAAAUAAAAAGUAAUAUGUAGUCACAAAGUCAAUAAAUUAUAAUAACUAUUGUUAUUAUUAUUAUCAUUUUUGUGAUUGACACUGUAAUUAAUAUAUUACUAAUGCUGAUUUUAUAUACUGUAUAUAUCAAUAUGUACAGUAUAUCCAACAAUUUAUACCAUGUAUAUACAUAUAGAAAAAAAGAUAUAUAUAUAUUCAUUAAUAUAUAUAUAUAUAUAUAUUA